UGAUUUUUUUUCUCUGCUUCAAGGCAGCUUCGUCAUCUGUUUCUGCAUAUUUUAUUCACUAUAUAUAUCUCACGUAUGAAAGAACACAGCUAAGUUAUAUAUACUUAGUUUCAAAGCUGAAGAACAUCAAGCCUCUCUCAGCCACUGGUGUCUGUUUCACUCUCAGCAGCACACAGAAAUCAAAAUGGCAUCUGAAGCAGCUCGUGAUCAGAACAAUCGUAACGAAGGAGAAAAUGGAGAUCGUGGUUUCUGUGGGAAGUUGAUGAACAAGGUGGUGGAAUUUCCAAGAAAGUUAAAGAAACUAGGGCAAGAUGAUCCCAGAAGGAUCGUUCAUUCUCUUAAAGUAGGACUUGCAGUUCUUUUGGUGUCAUUGCUUUAUUACUUCCAGCCUCUCUAUGAUGAGCUUGGUGCCACUGCCAUGUGGGCUGUUUUGACUGUUGUUGUCGUCUUCGAAUUUUCUGUAGGGGCAACACUAGGAAGAGGUUUAAACAGGAUUUUGGCAACAUUCCUAGCAGGUGCUCUAGGAUUUGGUGUUCAUCACCUGGCAAAUCUUUCUGGACAAACAGCUCAUCCAAUACUCAUUGGGGUCUUUGUCUUUCUACUAGCUGCAUCAGUGACAUUUCUACGCUUCUUUCCGCGGUUGAAGGCGCGAUACGACUAUGGACUUCUGAUUUUUAUCUUGACAUUCUGUCUGAUAUCCGUGUCGGGAUACAGAGAUGAGGAGAUACUAGAAAUGGCCCACAAGAGGGUGUCCACAAUCCUGAUAGGCGCAUUUACAGCUGUGUUUGUGUGUGUUUUCAUUUGCCCUGUAUGGGCUGGUGAUGAUCUGCACAACUCUGUUGCUAACAACAUUGAGAAACUUGGGAGCUUCUUGGAAGGUUUUGGGGAUGAAUACUUUAAAGUAGCCGGCAAUACAGAGUCUAAUAAGGCACUUUUGCAAGGAUAUUCUAGUGUUCUCAACUCAAAACAGAGUGAAGAAAGUCAGGCAAAUUUUGCAAGGUGGGAGCCUAGACAUGGAAAGUUUAGAUACCGUCAUCCAUGGAAACAUUAUCUGAAAAUCGGUACCCUAACCCGACAAUGCGCAUACCGGAUCGACACUCUUAAUGGCUACCUCAACUCAGAUAUUCAGACACCUCUAAACAUCCAGAGCAACAAAGUUCAAGAGCUAUGCAUGAAGAUGAGCUCGGAAUCAGGCAAGGCCUUGAAAGAGCUAGCAUGGGCCCUAAAAACAAUGACCAAGCCAUGCUCUGCCGCCAGCUGCCACAUCACAAAAUCAAGAGCUGCAGCCAAUAACCUCAAAUCUCUGCUCAAAACCAGCGCAGCAUUGUUGGGUAGCGAAGGCAUUCACCUCCUGGACAUCGUACCUGCUGUCACUGUAGCUUCGCUCCUAAGCGACGUCGUUUCGUACGCUGAGCAAAUCGAGAAGUCGAUCCAGGAACUGUCCUCGUUUUCGCAUGUGCAGUUCAAGAGCGCAGAGCCAAAAAAAGCAUUGCAGCCGUGUAAUUCUUCUGCGAGUUCCACCAAUGAUAACGUGCCACAUCAUGUCAUCACGAUUCAUAAAUUGCCUUCUCAGAAGGAGAUUGGAAGCAAACAAGGGGCUGCCAAUUAAUUAAGGAGCUCCAUUUGAUCUGACCGUCCAUCGAAACCGAGAGAUCCUCAGCCGUUAAGAUCUCGCUAUCGCAAAGCCCCUGCAGGUUUCGCUCACUCUGCCCCAACGCCUGAUCUUGUCGCCACCUUCACGGAACCCUAGUUGUUGUUCGUGCCACCUCGGCACAGGCGCCUCUAUGCCGGCGCACAUCUCACUCGCCCGGGUGACAAGCGGUGCGGUAACAUCUCCAACUCCGACCACCAUAAACGGUGUCGCCUCUGGGGAUAUUUAGUUUGCAAUUUUACAAGGGCAUCGUUUAUUAUCACUAUUUUUAUGUUUUUUUUCUUAUCAUGGAGAAAAUAAACAAAACUGUGCUCUUAUAUUAGUUGUAGCAUUAACAGAGUAAACAAAAUUAUGCUCUUAUUAUUUGAUGAACAAGAAAUACAUAUUUUUGCA